AUGCCAGUCAAGUUCCUUUACCAGCCCAUGAUCCCAGCUCUAUGUUAUGCAUUAUUUAUAUUAGAGUCUAAUCCCUCGUUCUUCUUCAACCAGCUGCAAACCGUCCUCUUCUCCCUCUACUACCCUGCACCCCAAGGCGCCAACUCCUCUCGACAAAACCACCCCUGGGUCCCGCCGCCGGUCGAUCUGGCAGCUCAAGGCUUCGCCAACCGCGGCGGCGAUAUCGACCCUUCGCUCAUCAGCUUCGGGCUUCAGUUCCUCGCGGGCAACAUCACCAUCCCCGCCGCGGUGGACGUUCCGCUGUAUGGAAGCAAUGAGAGUUUCCCAGUCUUGGUCUUUUCGCACGGCGAUGCUACGUUAAGGACGUGGUAUUCGCAGUACUGCGGAGAACUUGCGAGCCGAGGAGUUGUUGCAGUUUCUAUCGAGCACAGGGAUGGAAGCGGUCCCGCUUCGCAGAUUACGCAGCCAGAUGGGUCGAGGAGAAAUGUGACAUAUUUCACGGCUGAGCAGUUAUCGCCCGCCCUGAACGACACGGAGCUCGUGUUACAAAAGCGCAACUUCAGGCAAGCCGAAGUGGAAGAGGUCCUCAGAGUAGUUCGAAACAUCACCGAGGGUGGGGGCGAUGCCGUAUACCAAGCCAAUUACCGAGAGGAAGGUCAAACUCUGGGGAACUGGACGAACAGUCUAGAUCUAGACAAUCUUGCGCUCGGUGGCCACUCCUUCGGCGCUACCUCUACCCUCCAAGUCCUAGGCGUUUCAAACCUCACAGUUCAGCCAAGCGGGGCCAUCAUACUUGACCCCGGCAAAUCGAGCGGUCCCCUUAACAUGGACCCCCCGGUUCCUCUCCUCAUCGCCGAUUCCGAGGAAUGGUCCAGCAUACCUACUGACUUCUACGGACGCCCCCACUUCGAUGUCGUUAAAGAUAUUGGCCAGUACGCCCUGGAUGAGCACGGUGCCGGGUGGUUUAUGACCUUGCUCGGCGCGUCGCACACCACCAUCACCGACGCCGUCCUCGCCGCCGGCGAUCUCGUCAACUCCUUCAGCAACUCAAGCUUCAACGCGACGAUCGACCCCGCGGAAGGAAUCUUGCAGAACGUUCGCGUCUCAACCGAUUUCUUUGACUUUAUCAGAAACGGGACCAGGGAGGAUGUUUUGGCCGUGGGGGUCACGCAUCCGCAGUUUAAACAGGCAAAUGAGACGGCGCUUCAGCAAACGGCGGAGGAGGUGAGCAGGUUUUGGGAGGUGCACGUUGCUCCUGCCACUGGGCUCAACAACACGAAUGGUACUGGGGAGGAACCGGGAUCGGGUUCUGGUUCUGGUUCUGGUUCUGGUUCAGGAUCGGGUUCCAGCGCUUCUGGUCUCGCGGUACCGGGCGAGUUGGUAUUGGUGGUGUUGAUGGCCGGAGCUGCGAAUUGGUAA